AGUCCCAGAUAGCAGAUGACUGUACCAUGUCGGACACACAGGGGUAGCGCUUAAAAGUUUGGUCAAACUAUAAAAAUAAAGAAAUAAGAGUAAUAAUUAUUGCGUUUGCUGUAGCCAUUUUAAUGUGUUAAUUCUGUGAACGGUUAAAUUAGUAUGUUGGGUGUUUUUUGUGAGAGUUCAGUGCAGUUUUGAGUGUAUAAAUCCGCUCCUGGUCCCCGGGUGGUUGAAGAGUAGAACAGUCCAGUGGACAGCAGUGAAGAGACGAGUGUCGACCCAAACACGCAGGGAACUAGUAGACAAUUCGUAAACAACUGCCGUUUGACAGUGAUUUUAAAUGAACUAAUCCAAUUCAGAGCUACCACAAUGUGACGGGGCAAGAGGGGCAGCUCGCUGAAGACUGUCACCAGCACAUGACAGCCAACUUCGCCUGCAGCCAGAGCCGCAGCACGACGAGCAGCAGCAGGAGGAGCACCAUGGCAUCUCAGCCGAGUGUAUACAAUGAAGAAAGAAACCUCCUCCGCCUCCGAGCAUGGGAACAGAGGAACCAAGACACCAACCAAGCCAAAGGACUUAACCACGAGAAUGUGCCACUGUUUGGGGAGCCGUACAAGGUGAACAAGGGUGAUGAACUGGCCAACCGUAUCCAAAGGAUGCUGGGCAGUUAUGAGGACGUGAACAGUUCAAGUCCCCUCACCAUGGAGCCUUUACCCAUUCCUGGUUCUGUCACUGCUGCACAGUCAGAUCAGUGUCAGCCAAAUACGGACAAGUCAACUAAAGCUCCAUUCCACCAUCAGGUCCAUUACAUGUCAACCUCAAACCCGACGUGUAGCAGUUACUCCUCUGAGUCUGUAACGGUGUCUGCUGCCAGGUCUCCUCACCACCACGGACAUCCGUCCACUUCAUCGAAGGUUUCCUUGAACCAAGGUCAGGACGGACGGACUGGAAACUCGGCACAACAGCAACAAAAAAAAACUGAAGUCUCGUCAGAUGUCAUGUCAGAUGAUAAGCCCCAGCAAUUGCCACAUUCCCAUAACAAUGAUAUGGACACCAGGGAUACCUCAGCUAGGCACCGGGAGUCAUCAGAUUAUCCUUCUGAUUGUGUGGAUGUUCUCGCUCUGAACACUAAUCUGUCCCCUAAAGAGUCGUCCCUGACUCAGGGCACCAAGACACUUCCAUCCCAGACUUUUCCUCCACUUCUUCCAUCUAAGCAGCCCAGUGUAGUCAUGACCCAGAAACCAACAGCCUAUGUGCGGCCCAUGGACGGGCAGGACCAGGUGAUUAGCGAUUCUCCUGAGCUGAAGCCGUCACCAGAGCCGUACGCACCACUGCCAGAGAUAAUCAACAAGUCUCAACCGGGGAAAAUGAAGACCCUUCCACCGUUGUUGACCAAGACAAAUGAAGCCCUCUGUGUUGAAGACAUCUUAAGGGAAAUGACUCAUGCCUGGCCUCCUCUCCUGACUGCUCUACACACGCCCAGUGUUGAAGCGCCCUCUAAGUCCCCGUUCUCAGCCAAGGAAGCAGAGCGUGUCCCUUCAUGUCCAGCACAGAAUCCUUCCCAGGUCGGCCAGCACAGCUCCUUAUCCUCCUCUGAGAACGCACAUUCCAGUGGGGUUGAGACAGCCAGCUCCAGUGACUCUGACAGCAGCUCAAGAUCAGAGUCGGACAGUGAAAGCACCACCGGAGAACCGUCAGAACCUUUGGUGAACAGCUCAGUUAAACCUCAGGCCGGCGCUCCAGCAGUGAGCAAUGACGUCUGGCAGCUGAGUCAGUUUAUCAGGUUCAACCAACAGAACCCCAACACCGUCCACGUCUCCGAGAGCACGGCUCACACACCGCUCCCGUCUACUCCCAGCUCCAAACACUCCAGUGCAGAGGUGCUCGGCUCCUGCAGGGACUCCAAGCCUCAGCUUUCUAAUCUACAAACGGAGCCUGUUGACGACCUGAACAAACCCCAGCAGCACAGCCAGAGCCACGAGAACAGCUGUCAUCAGAACAGUAGCCAUAACUGCCCUUCGCUUGAGCUCAGAAAACCGACAUGUAAGACGCACACAAAACCAGCAAAGGAAGACUGCACAGAUCACGGCGAGGCAGCGGUCAGUGUUAGGCGUGAGGAGACGUCUGUCACCAAAGACAAAGACAAAGACCCGGGUUUAACUGACAGGCCCAAAGUAAAAAUAAAAACAAAACAUUGCAGGAAAAGCAAUGAGAAGGACUCCAAGAAAGAGAGCAAAAGGACGACUAAACACACAGCUUCAAACAAACCAAAGGCAGGGUCAGAGCUAGAUGUUAAGCUAGGCCCGCAAAGUGGGUGUACAUCUUGUGGUAAGACGUAUCCCGACCUCUGCUCCUGCCCCAGUCAAAGUCUUACUCAGUCUGACCACUUAUCUCUACAACCACCAGUGAAAAUCAACAAACCAAAGGAAGAGAAAACCAGCCGGAAAGACUCCAAGAAACCUCACAAAACAGCCCACAGUCAGCCGGGGAAGAGCAAGGGCGUCGUUAAGCCGCCUCAACUGUUGGUGGUGAAGAUUGAUCUAAGUCUGCUGUCCAGAGUCCCACGCGCAUCUGGCGACCUGCAGGACGCCAACAGCAACGCAAAGAAAAAAGCAGUUGUUGUGAAGCCAAAAGGAACACAGAACCUGAACAAGAAAAGCUCAAAAGUGGAGGCGGACGGUAAACCUCACCACGGGAAAAAACGGAGACUAGAAGAAAACAUCAACUCACCGGCUCAUGUCUCUGCCAAACUCCAAAGUUGCAGCGGCGAGACAGAGGACAGGGGCAGAAAAAAAGCCAAGACAAACCCUGCGACUUCAACACACAAGGAAACUGCUCCAGAACCCAAAUCUAAGAAACGCUCCUCUGUGGAGACCAGAGACCUCAGUAAGGAGAAGGUGAAGAGAAUCGACUCAGGCCAACACAAGAAGAGGAGCGGAAAACGUCCAGGGAACCCAGACUCAGAAAAGUCUUUGAAAGGUUCCCUGAACACAUCGUCCUCACAGUCCAACAAGGAGGCGUCCACCAGCAGACCCAUGCUGAAGUUUGAAGACAGACAGUAUCCAGUAAAACAUUAUGUAAAAGAGGCCAAAAAAUUAAAGCAUAAAGCAGAUGCAGAGUCAGAUAAACUCAGCAAAGCGUUUAACUACGUGGAAGCAGCCAUGUUCUUUGUAGAGAGCGGCAUCGCCAUGGAGAAGGAUCCACAGAUCUCCAUGUCGUCUUACACCAUGUUUGCUGACACGGUGGAUCUCCUCAAAUUUGUUUUGAAGCUCAAAAGUUCAUCAGACUCUUCUGCGCCACCUUCAGAAAGAGACUUUAUAGCACUAUGUUUGAAGUGCCAGUCACUCCUGCAGAUGGCCAUGUUUCGACACAAAUAUAAAACUGCUCUCAAGUAUUCAAAGACUCUGGCGGAACAUUUCACUACGUCACAUCAGACUUCGGUCAGCACUACAAAAUUCGCCGUGACUCCGUCCCCGAUGGCCGACAUGCCGUCACCAGCCAACGCGUCCAGCAGCUCAGGUCCUGGUUCUAACCACAGUGGUGGUGGUUCUGGUGUCGGCAGCACGGUUGUUCCUCAGGGUGUUGAACAAAUAAUGUUCAACUACAUCAACAUCACCACGUUAUUCUUGGGUGCUCACGAAAUGUGGGAACAGGCAGAGGCCAUGGCACAAAGAGGAAGUGGUCUGCUGUCUCUGCUGGACUCGUCUCUGGGUCCACUCACUCUCACAUCGUCCAUGAACACCGUGGUCCGUUAUAUGAGGCAGGGCAUCCACUGGCUGAGACUGGACAGCCAGGCCAAAAGGUAAAGUGACCACCAGGCUGUUGUUACUGUUGGACCCCUGCACUGCCCCCACCAGGCUGCCUCCUCGUCACGGGGUCCGGUCCUGAGCUCCUCUUCAGAUGAACGUCUUUCUUUUCCCCGUCUUUAUUUCAAAUGGACGUUUCUUUGAAGAGUUGACGCAGUCGUCAUCUCGUGUUUGUUUUUAAGGCUGCUUUUGAGAUUUACCAGUGAGGAUGUUACCACACUGACCUUUGCACUUGUAAUUUAUUUGUUUUCCACUUCCCUGUGGGAGUCUUUCCUUCUCUGUGGCACUUUGUCAAAAUCCAAUCAUUUCAGGGCUGAUGUUUGAGGUGUGUUCACACUUGUGAUGUUUGGUUUCUUCUGAAGUGAACCUUGUGGUUGGCGUCACAUCCUGCAGGACAUGUUCAGGGUGUAGCACCACUGCUCACCAAAUCAAGACUUGUCCUUAGAUGUAGAACUUUUGGGUCUCCACUCAAAUCAUUUUUUCACAUUUUGCUUUUGCUACAGACUGAAUUGACUCGAGUCCCACUGUUCUCCAGUGACUUGUCCUUGAGUGUUAAACCACUGGGACUCCAAUCAGACCUGUUCUUCGGUGACACAAACUGUCUGGAAAUUCAGAUUUGACUCUUGGUGGCUUAGAUGUAGUCCUGAUGUGGAAGGACUGUAGAACGGGUCUCAAACUAUUUUACGUGAAUUUGACUUGAAGUCCAAGGACUCACUCGGACUCAUCAUAAACCCCCGAUACAAAGACUACUAAUUUGACUUGGACUUGAACCUGACUUGUGUGAGAACUCAGCCGGACUUGAACCAAACUUUUCUUUAGUGACUCUGACUUGGACACACACCCCUCCCCCCACAGACAUUGUUCAAACUUUGUGUUAUUUUGUAACCCUGGUCCCCUGACAUGGACUUGAUUCACAGAGAUAUCGGUACUUUGACCCUAAACUCCUUCCAGACUUAUUUUGGACUUGACUUUACAAAUUGUUCUUCUGCCUCAAACCUCAAAUGUGGAAACUCAGUUGGACCGGAUUUAAACUUUCCUUUAGUGACUCAGAGUCAGAUUUGGAAACAUGGGAACAGACUCAGACUUGACUGGUACUUCCUGUUCUGUGACUGAGACUCUGACUCUGAGUUCAACUCACAGAACUCAACUCAGUUAGCUCAGCUAGGACUUGAUUGAAAGUUUUCUCAAAUGACUUGGACUUAAUCCUAAAAAAAAUCUGUAGAAUUAACUUUGAAAAUAACUGGGAGCUCAGAAGACACGACGGCUCUAAGAACUUGACUGAAACACUUAAUUAAGAGAUUUGGGGAAUUUAAUGUCCACAUUCUCGAUUUGAAAAAGUCUCCUCAGGUUUGGAAAAUAGUCAUUUUUUCCCUGUGCUAUAAUAAUGUAACGAAACCUAAUUUUGCAUUUUAAGAACCAAACUCCAAGUGUGAACACAGUCUCCACGUCCUGGUGUUUCCUCAGCAGCAGUUUUAAAAGGAAUGUUGUCCAAUGAACAGCGGCUUUAAUUCAAUUUGGACUGAAGUAAAUGGAGACGUCGAUCAGAUUUAACCCAAAGUGCCGUUUGAUGGUGGAGUCACUGACAUCAAACAGUCUGAAUGUAAUGACCUGAAGGAGCUGAAGUCACCGAAAACCAUAAUGAACACAACCUGGAAGUAGAAACUAGUUUGAUCUCAUUUCUCUUAAGUUUCUCUGUUUUCAGUCUUCCUUUUUUUUCAGGAUAGCCAGUAAAGUAAACAUUUCUAUGCCCUUUGAUCACUGCAGUCCACAGCGAGCGUGUCACAUGGUCAGAAUCAUGAAGGACUAAUAAUUAAUGAAACCUGAGCUGCAGCCGCACGUGUGUAUUUACACUGCAUCUCAGUCGUGGAUCCAGUUCUGACCUGGUCUUAAAGUUGAACCCCUGACAGGGCUUCAGGUCUUCGCCUUCAUUAAAGCCUGACGUUUUGGAAAUAAUAAAAAAAAAAAGUAACUUCUGUCACUUCCCAGGCCUCCUCACAGAGCUUGACUCCACAGUAUUGUCAGAUUCAUGUUUGUUCUCUUUUGUAUUAAUUUAUUAACAAUAUCUAUAAUUUAUUAUCAUCAGCCUUCAUUUAUUCUGAAUUAUCUAAGGAACCAGCCAAGCCUUUCUAGCCCACAUCGACAUCAAUCAUAAUAAGAGACCAAGUAGCUACGUCCGUUUCUUAUAUACAGUCAACGCUCAAACAAAAUGCUGGAAAAAAAAGGGAUUAACUUCACUCGUCUCCACUUUCUGUACUUAGAAACGGGAAUUUUCUCUGUCAGCACUAAUCAUUUUAAAUUUCCUUUCUGGCUAAAGUGGAACCAAAAAAAAAAAAAAAA